CACGCGCCCUGGACCGAGGCUCAUGCUGGGCAUUCAUUGUCCUCGGCUCCUCCGGCCUGCACAUUCGCUCACUUAUAACGGUGUCUUUGAUCCACCUGUCACUCUUCUAACCCCCCUUCAUAUACACAAAGAUGGCUUCUCCGCAGAAGAUCCGCACUACCCUUACUGAUCUACUCAAGAUCAACCACCCCGUCUUCCUGGCGGGUAUGAACGUGGCCGCCGGUCCCAAAUUGGCUGCCGCGGUCACCAACGCCGGUGGUCUGGGAGUUAUCGGAGGUGUUGGAUACACCCCCGACAUGCUCCGUGAGCAGAUUGCAGAGCUCAAGAGCUUUUUGAAUGACAAAAACGCUCCCUUUGGUGUUGACUUGCUGCUCCCCCAGGUCGGUGGAAGCGCCCGCAAGACCAACUACGACUACACCAAGGGCAAGCUCAAUGAACUCGUGGAUAUCAUCAUCGAAAGCGGUGCAAAGCUCUUCGUCUCUGCCGUCGGUAUCCCCCCCAAAGCUGUCGUGGACAAACUCCAUGCUGCAGGCAUCCUGUACAUGAACAUGAUCGGUCACCCCAAGCACGUCCAGAAGUCCCUCGAUGCCGGUGCGGAUAUCAUUUGCGCUCAGGGUGGUGAAGGAGGUGGUCACACUGGCGAUGUUCCCACCACGAUUCUCAUUCCUACCGUGGCCAAGCUCUGCCAGGGCAAGAAGAGUCCCCUGACCGGUCUGCCCGUGCAGGUGGUUGCUGCCGGUGGCUUGUACAAUGGCAACUCGGUGGCUGCUGCCUUGAUGCUUGGUGCUUCGGCCGUGUGGAUUGGUACUCGUUUCAUCCUGGCUGAUGAGGCUGGUGCUCCCAAGGCUCACCAGGAGGCUGUCCGUACCGCUGGCUUUGAUGACACAAUCCGCACUAUCAUCUUCACGGGCCGCCCACUCCGUGUCCGUAACAACGAAUACAUCAAAAACUGGGAGGAGAACCGCCAAGAUGAGAUCAAGAAGCUCACCUCCCAGGGAAUUAUUCCGGCUGAGCACGACAUGGAGAACCUCCCUGAUGAUGUUGACGACGAGACCCUUGAAAACGCUCGCCCCUUCUUGAUGGGCAAGGUUGCUGCUGUUGUAAACGAAAAGAAGCCUGCCAAGGCUAUUGUUGAUGAGCUCGUGGACGAUGCUGCUGCACUGUUGCAGAAGGGCAACAAGAUGUUGGCGAAGUUGUAAAUUUUCAUUCCAGAUACCAUUUGCAUGCAUAUUGUCAAUGCCAGUUUAAGACAGUUGAACUGCUCAUGAUUUCUCUCUUUCAUGCUUCUACCGAAUACCAGUGAAACUGUUUUGGCAAUGCUUGCUCCACCAUCUAAUUAUAUAUAAGAUCAAAAUUCAUAUACUUAGCGCUCCUAUAGCCAAUGGGUACCUAUAUUCCUAUUUCGAUCAAACCUACUACCAUCAAAAAUCUCAUCAUUUUCCCG